AGAUGCAAGUUUUUGUGUUUCUACUCUUCUGUCUACAUCUAGCACUGAGUUCCGCAUACUCAGCUGGAAUCAGUGCACCUACCUGUCAGGACACAACCUAUGGUCGUAUAUGCUCACUGCAAGGACCUGUUGAUACUGUAUCCAUUAUCCACAAUAAACUGAUGUUGGGAUCCUUAAACAGUCUAUUUUCCACAAGUUUUGAGCUCCAAGUACACGAGUAUGCUGAUUUGACUCCUAAGGCCAGCGUCUACGAAAACUGUGUGGGGUUUGAGCUUCCAGGGCAGCUUGGAAACGAUCCCUCAUCAUGCCAAAACUUUGUGAAGCUGAUACAGUUGGUACCUGCAGGUGAUAGAAUAUUGGUAUGCGGUACAAAUGCAUUCAGACCGAAAUGCACUCUACACAACGUUUCCAACAUUUCUGUUUAUGAAUAUAUGACUGAUGUUCAGAAUGUGGACAAUGGAUUCAGUCCUUACUCUGACAACACCCAAAUUGUUGCUACACUCACUAGUGGUGAACGAUUCUUCUCUGGAACAAGAUUUAAUGCAUUUGCUUCCCAGACCAUAGGAAUGGCCCCUAAUCCUUUACAAAGAGAUAAUACAAUUCUUGUCAAUGUUCCUAGUUCGGAUCAGCGCUGGCUGCACGAGCCAACAUUUGUUUCAUCUUACGAGACAGAUAGUCAUGUGUACUUUUUUUUGCGAGAGCGUGCCUAUGAAGUUGAUCAAGGAAAAUCUGUGGUUUAUUCAAGAGCAGUCAGGAUAUGUAAGAGUGACAAUGGAAUGAACCCAGAAGCAAUUUACCCGACCAACUUUUUCCUUACAUUUCAGAAGGCGAGAAUGUCUUGCACUUCUUUCGCAACACAAGGCACAAUACCAUAUUCUUAUGACAACCUGCAGUCAACUGUUUUUUGGGUACAACCUGAUGGGCAACAGUUUCUCUACGGAGUGUUCACCUCACCUGUUAACGCACCAAGUGGAAGUGCAAUCUGCAAGUUUAAUUUUGAUCCCAACUCUGCCGGGAGUUUAACAAAAGUGUUUGAGGAUGGGCAAUAUUUGGUUUCUGAUGGAAAUCCUCUGACAUGGAGAAGAGUGACUGCAGACACGUUUUCUUGUCCAGGAGAGGGUGAUAAUCAACGAUCAAUUUCUGAUGCCUCCCAGUACCAGCUGGUGUUCAAUGAUGUUACUUCAAUGGACUCCCAACCUCUCCACACAGUCGCGGGAAAGAGACUAGACAAGCUUAUCGUUGACAUCAUUAAUUACAAUCAAAGUACUCAAACUAUUAUGUACUAUUCCACUCAAAAUGGUGAUCUUCAUCAACUAGUGAUUGAUGAUGAAGGAAACAGACAGGAAGAUGUGAUAAAUCGAUUUGGAAGUGCAUUAGGACACCUCACUAUUCGUCGUAAUUCCGAUGAAACUCGAUUCCUGUAUGCAACAACAGAUAACCAUGUAAUGCUAAUAUCACUAGGUGAUUGUUCUAAAUAUGACAGUUGCUUCGCAUGCCUGGACUCGAAAGAUGCAUACUGUGGUUGGGACGGAGACAGGUGCACCAAUAAGAUAACAUCUAGUCCUCUAACCAUUAUUCAAUCUGUUCUGACAAUUGAGAGUCGUAUCAUUGACACUUGCGGUUCAAGAUCAGACACUACUACACCACUUACACCCUCUUGCCAGAUCACAACAUUAGAUCAUGAGGAAGAGCCUGGAGAAAUAUCUACUACCUCUGUUGGUAGCUUGUCUGCCAUGUCUGAUAGUUCCAUCUCAAUUCCAGAUCUAGUCGGAGCUACAAUAGGAGCUUUUGUUGUAGGAAUACCAGUUGGUGCCUUUGUGUGUUUUCUCUUCUUGAAGUUGUUCAUAACUCCAAAAAAGCACAAACACUCCAUAAACCAUCACAGACAUUCUGGUCAAGCAGACGCUAGAUCUAACACUAUCACACAAGUCAACAACCGAAUCACUGAUGACAUUCAGAAACAGAUUCAAAAGAAAGACCUUGCUAUGAGAGACAAUCCUAGCUACAUUCCGACGAUUCCCUCAAAAAUUCCUUCGUUGCAACUGAAACCAACUCCCCUUGCUCUUGCUCCACCUCCUUCUGGAAAUACACACAAGCGCAAAAAUAGUAAAGACAUCAACAUGUAUGUUUCAACUGAAGAUGACGCUUUUGACGAGUGUGAUGUUGUUCCUCCUCUAAGAAGUUUUAAUGUUGCAGGCAGCAGCCAUCCACAUCGAGGACACAAGUCUAUUGGCCACACUACUACGAAUGGCGUUGGGCGAAAGAAAUUCCCAGGUUACACUGCUCCUCGAGGGAGAACUGACUCCACAACCUGGCUAAGGGAAAACAGUUUAUCGAGCGAGCCAUCCUCACCAUUGGACUCACCCAUUUCUGAUGUGUAGGGUAUACAGCAACUAACUAACUGUAGCAGCUAACUGUAAACAUGCGUUCUGUUAUCCUGAACUCAAGUGCUAUGAAUCAUACCGAUAAGUAACAUGUACAACCAUUACAAUCACGCAUGUAUUAUUGUACAUGUAUAUAUGUGCUCCGAUGACAUCAUUGACAUAAAGAAAUAAACCUUCAAGACAG